CGCCUCGCCCCGCCUCCCGUUCCGGAAGGACCCGAAGUGCUCCGGAAAGAGCCGAAGCGGCAUCCAAGCGCCGGAACGAGUCGAUUUCCUUCCGGAAGAAUCCGAAGCGCCCUCGGGUCCGCCCGAAAGCUCCCGAGGGGCCCCGAACCGCCCCUUCCGGAGACCCCCGAGCCCCUCCCCCUGCCUUCCGGAGAUCCCCGAAGCGAUUCCGGAGCUUCCGGAAGCGGCUCCCGAGCGGCGCCGGCGGGCCCCGAGGCCGUUCCGCCACCCCCGGAACGGUUCCGAAGCAGCUCCGGAAGUUGCCAGGCGACUCCGGAGUUUGCCGAGAGGUUCCGAAGCCGUGCGGAGGUUCUCGAAGCGACCCCAGAGACCCACGAAGCGGCGCCGGAGAUUGCCCGGAGGUUCCGCAGCGGUUCCGGAGAGUCCCGAACCUCCUCCCCCUUUCCGGGGAUCUCCGGAAGGUUUCGAGCGGCCCCGGACAGCCCCGAGACCGUUCCGAAACGGUUCCGAAGCGGUUCCGGAGAUCCUCGAGGCGGUUCCGGAAGUCGCCAAGCGACUCCGGAGGCCCCCGAAGCGCUUCCGGAAACUCCCGAAGUUGUACCGAAGCAAUUCCGGAGCUCCCCGAGCCCUCUGCGGAGCUUCACGAAGCGAUCCCGGAAGUUGCCGAGCGGUCGCGAAGCGGUUCCGGAGAGUGCCGAGCGGCUCCGGAAGUUGCCGAGCGGCUCCGGAAGUUGCCGAGCCGGCCGGCCCUCAGCGCUCGCCCCCGGCCCCCGUCGCCCCCGGAGCCCCCGACCCGGAGCCGCCCCCGGCCCGGCCCCGCUCCCUCGGCCCCGGGGGGGGCCCGGACCCGCCCCGGCCCCGCCGCCCCGGCCCGGCAGGAUGAUCAAGCUGUUCUCGCUGAAGCAGCAGAAGAAGGAGGAGGAAUCGGCGGGCGGCACCAAGAGCUCCAGCAAAAAGGCCUCGGCCGCGCAGCUCCGCAUCCAGAAAGACAUCAACGAGCUGAACCUGCCCAAGACGUGCGAGAUCGAUUUCUCGGACCAGGACGAUCUGCUGCACUUCCGCCUGCUCAUCUGCCCCGACGAGGGUUUCUACAAGGGCGGCAAAUUCGUCUUCAGCUUUAAGGUCAGUGCUGGGCCACCAAACAUUGACACCUGGGGGGGCUGUGGCCACCUGCUGGUGGCCGUGCCGUGGCGGUGCCGCAGGGAGGACUGGAAGCCGGUGCUGACCAUCAACUCCAUCAUCUACGGCCUGCAGUACCUGUUCCUGGAGCCGAACCCCGAGGACCCCCUGAACAAAGGGAGCCCCAAAAUGGGACCCAAACCCCAAUGACUGAGGGGAUUUGGG